AUGCAGGGUAUACUGACCUUCGCAGGGUUGUUUGCCGCCACCGUUGGGGCAUUUUUAAUCGAAAGCUACAAGUCGCUCUCACCAGACACGGGGGCGCAGACGGUCGUCCUUCUUGCUCAACUUGUCUCAAUCACAAACUCCACGAACUCUACCCUGUCGACCGACGUCGCCAUACCUCCCUUUCAGGCUUCCGAGACCGCGAUCCUCGUUAAUACACUCUGGUUUGCGGCAUUAGUCCUGUCUCUAUUGUGCGCUCUUGCAGCAACUCUAGUCCAAGAUUGGACCAGGCGCUUCCUCGGCCAAGCGCGCCCUGUUGGAGAGAGCCUAGAGCAGUAUUCUCUGAUGCAACUCCUCGUUCACUUAGGCGUACAACGGUACGGCAUCGACUACGUCGCUUCACUGGUGGUCACCAUGAUGCAUGCCGCUGUUGUCAUCUUCCUUGUGGGACUCAAUUUCUUUCUCUUCCCGAUAAAUACUGGACCGGCUGACGCAGUAUUUUGGAUCUGCAUCAUCUCGGCGGCCUCAUACCUCCUAGCCAGCGCAAUCCCUCUAUUCGACUCGAGAUGUCCUUAUCGCACGCCUCUGACGCAGAUUUUCACUGCCUUCGUCAUCAUCCCCUUGUCAACGCUAUCCUGUCUGCUGUACUAUGGCUUCAUUCUUAUCUCUGCCGCUCUAUAUCGGAUAGAGAACGGUCCGUUAGAGCCCAUCAUGCGCCAGUUCCUUGGCCCCCGACUCCUCUGGGAGUUCAUGCGGGAGCCCAAGCGAACAAGUCGUGUUCUCCACGCUGCCAUCCGGGACAACAUUCGACCGAAGGCUCGGCGCGCAACGACCUUGCUGCAACGACUUUUGAGCGCAUAUGCCAUCAGAGGGGAAUCUCAAGGGCGACCAUUCAUGGACGAACAUGCGUUCAGAUUCCUCUGGGACCACGUGUCUGUAUACGUUCUCGCGCGCCCCAGGGAGAUGACCUACAUUGGGCUUUACUUGCUUAAUGGCGAGGUGCACAAUUACGAUUCGCUCUUUGUGGGACUCCGGCAAUUGCAGGGCUUCAUGACAAAAGUAGCCACCACCCUGGACUCUGUGGAUUCAGUAUCCACAGCCAAAGGCGCUGUUCGACUUCUCCAGGCGAUUUUUAUCGCGAAGACGCAGAACGACGAGUACUCUUUUGCGGCAAUCGGCGAGGGGUGGAGGUGGACCGCUGCACGACCCGUCCUCCGAAGAUUCCGCGAUUUUGCCGGGCGACUGAACCAAUUGAACGCACAAGCGCUCCGAGAGGGAGACCCAAGCCUGCUCGUGGCGGUGAGCAGCCUACGGUCCUCCCUGAUUAUGACGCUACUGCGCCGUCUGUCAGAGGACACCCAUCCGCGAUCGACAACCAGGGAUGUCUUGGCGUUCAUUCUGCGAAGUUUGGACGGCGCGGAGAACAGCUUGCGUCUUCUGCCUCUCUCCUCGAACGACGGAGACGGGGACGAACGCUUAUUCGACGAUAUUGAGGGACGGCGUCUGACGCUAGCUGCCCGUAACGCAUUCACACUUCUUUCUGGCGUGGGCUCUUGCCAUUGGCGGGGGCGCUGGCAGAACCCCGACUCACCUUAUGUCGAUCACAAAGAACAGCCAAGCAUCUGGUCGUGGCGACGGAUGUAUGCCAAAGCCAUCCGGGACAGACAGAGAUCUCCCGCAUCCGAAGCCUUUCGUGACCUUCUGAAAGCAGCUGGUCUGAGAGCCUGGUUAGAACCGGGUUCGACACUAUCUACACUACCGACAAUCGCCACGUCGGACGGUGGACCCCCUGCCGCUGCGGUGCGAGCUCUGCGGGACCUGACGAAGAUGGUCGAUCUCCCCGCUCUGCCCACGCAGACUGGCGACUACGAAGAAUCGUCAAGAGCUUCAGUGGCUGCCGCAAACUUAGACCAAGUGCCGACGACGGCCGCACUGAGGAUUGCGGAAGCUGGAGGGAGCGUCAUGGACGCCAAUAAGGUCAGUACCUUGAAUUCUCUCACCCCGGCCAAAACUGAAUUAUUCAAUAAGUCAUUGAUUAUGGUUGCGAUUGGGGUUUCGGGAGUGAAUGAUGAAGAAGAGACCAUUUCUAGGGAGGACAUUCAGGCGGACGCACAAGAGAUGUAG